UGCGUUAGUCAAGGGAACUGCAGAGCGAUUUCACCUAUAUUUCUGUACAGAGCGUACUCGUUCAUUUAGUAUUUCAUCGUUAAUGCGUUCCCGAUUAAAGACAUAUUUUAUGGCUGUAAUAGGACGUUGCAACGGAUAUUUUGGGAUGGGUUGUGCAGACCUUAUAUUAUAGCUUGCUCUGUGUGGACAUCACCGCCACCGUGGAAGAAAACGGCAGCUCAUGGCACCAGGCCUACACAAACUCGGGCUCCAGCCUCCUCCCAGCACCACCCGAACACUUGUGCAAGGCCUGCGGAGGCCAGUUUGACGCCAUAAGAACGCAUGUCUGCGUGGACUGCAAAAACAGCUUCUGCAGCCGCUGCUCGGUGCAGAUGGACCUCCGGCCGUGGAUGUGCCACACCUGUCAGCGGCUCCACUGCACCUUCUUUGAACGGGCAGAGUUGAUGAGGCUGAAGGUGAAGGACCUCCGUGACUAUCUCCACCUGCACGAAACCCCCACGCAGAUGUGCCGAGAGAAGGAGGAGCUGGUGGAGCUGGUGCUGGCUCAACAAACUCCCAGAGGCAGCGGCAGUGCCGAAUCCCGUUCACAGCCGUCUGUGCCUCCACUGCCUUCCCAUCCUCUUGCAGAAUCUGAAGCCCUCACGGAGGAGGAGGAGGAGGAGGAGGAGGAGGAGGAAGAGGAGGAGGAGGAGGAAGAAGAUGGAGAUGGAGAAGAUGAGGAGGGCGAAGAAGAUGAUGAGGAUGAUGAGGAAGAGUCCACAGACAGCGAGGAGACGCUGGUGCACAGCAGAAGAGCCUCUCUGUCUGACCUGAGCAGGGUGGAGGACAUCGAAAGCCUCAGUGUGCGGCAGCUGAAGGAGAUUCUGGCACGUAACUUUGUGAACUACCAGGGCUGCUGUGAGAAAUGGGAACUAAUGGAGAAGGUCACCCACCUCUUUAACGAUCAGAAAGACCAUCACAACCUGGGUUCAAGUACAAAAACAGAAGCGGCUGAUCCUGCUGAGCCCAGCGGCCAGGAGGAGAACCUGUGCAAGAUCUGCAUGGACUCCCCCAUUGACUGCGUUCUGCUGGAGUGCGGCCACAUGGUCACAUGCAGCAAGUGUGGGAAACACAUGAACGAGUGUCCCAUCUGCCGACAGUACGUUGUUCGAGCCGUGCAUGUCUUCAGAUCGUGAAUUCGGGUGCAAAGAGACAGACUGUCGCCUACAGGUUGUUGCUUUUUCACACAUUGAACAACAUUUUCUCACAUUUUUUGAUAAUGUUUCAUGUUGCUGCUUUGUUUCUAAGUUUACAUGAUUGAAUGCACUUAUUUGCUUUUUUAACUGCAACAGUGUUAAGGUGUGGCUUCCGAGUUGUGUUUAAUUCAUUUGUUGACUUUUGCACUUUUUUGUUAUUUAUUAGGAUUUUUCCUUUAUAUCAUCCUACGAUAUUUGCAUUACUUACAGUAUGUAAAUAAUAAGCAAACAAGGUUUAAAGGAAAAAGUUCAUUAGAGGUUAAGACGUCACUUAAGACUCCCUAAAGGUGUGUCUAUCUGUAUAAAGAACACAUUUAAAGGGGUGAAAUACACUUGGAAAUUUCUGGGAUGUGAAAACAGGGUAAAAUGGUUGACUUUAAUUUUUAUUUGGAGCACUGAUAAUCAUGUUGUUUCUGUGUUUAAGACUGUACAAUAUUUCACCAUUGCAGUUAAAUCACCACUAUAAUGUGACCACUUCCGGGGUCACUCCACUCUUGGUUAAAGAAAUGGUUCACCCAAAAAU